AUGCCUUUGCAAACGUUGAUGGGUCUGCCAUUCUGUGUUAUGUCAGCAAUAAUGGUUGCCCAAGUUGUAUGUGGGGACGAUGACAACGAGCUCAAAACAAGGAUGCUCUCAACAACCGUUUUUCUGUCUGCCAUAACGACCUUUUUCCAAGCAACUUUUGGCGUCAGACUUCCAGUUUACCAAGGACCUACUGUUGCAUAUAUUCUUCCAUUGUUAGUUUUGUCAGACUUGCCGGAGUGGAAGUGCCCAGCAGUGGAUUAUAAAGUAAUUGUCAAUGCAACUUCAGGGUUAAACUUUACAACGAAUGAACUGGAUGUGGCUGGCUACCGUGAAAAUAUUAUUAUGCCAAGACUUCGAGCCAUGCAAGGUUGUUUAAUCAUUGCUGGAGCAGUUCACAUGCUAAUUGGAUUGACCGGUUUUGUUGGUGUGAUAUUAAAAGUAGUUGGACCACUAACAGUUGUCCCAACGUUACUUUUAUUAGGAAUACAAGUUGAUGGAGUUAUGAACACAUUUUGUGAUCCUAAUUGGGGAAUAUCAGCAGGGACAUGUCUGAUUUCUCUUAUUCUUGCUGUUUACAUGAACGGAUGGAACAUGCCGAUACCUGUGAUAACAAUAGGUAGAGGUUUUCAUUUUAUCAGAUAUCCUCUUCAACAAGUUCUAGCUUUAUUGAACUCUAGAUACAGAAAAUACGAGUAA